GAACAGACAAACCCUUCACUCUCAAAGCCUACAAGGAGGCACUGGGGAAAGCAUACCAAAGGAUCACAGUGUACAUUUGUACGGCUGAAGAUUUCAGUUGUCAGGAAUUCAGCACAGACUCAUCUGAUUCAGAGGUAUUCGAACCUACCCUCAACAGUACCAGAGAUGGUAGUCAGUCUAAACAUACUGAUGAAGCAGCACUGGUUUCACUUUCAGACACGGAACAUGGCCCAGAAACAUCACAAUGUGCAAUGGACACUACGUACUAUAGCAAAUAUACAGAAUUAUAUGCACCCAUUGUAAUAGAGGAUGAAGAGAACUCGGACAGUGAUUCAGGCAGUCAUGAUGCUCCAAAGGAUGCAGAGGUGGAACAGCAGUCUGCUUCAGAAGUAAUUGCAAACCUGGCACUCCAGAUUGACCGCAACACUGUCAGCAGAUUUAACAUCUGCCGCUCUGAGUUCUGGAAUGGAGCCAUGAGAGGAUUCAAAAGGGGAACGUUCUCUGAAGCAAAGGAUCUUCUGGUGAAGUUUUCUGAUGAUGCUGGAAGGUUUGAGGAAGGCCUCGAUACAGGUGGCCCCAAAAGAGAAUUCUUAUCACUUUUGAUGAAAAGCUUGCGAAAACGACCCAUAUUUGAUGGACCAGCAGAGAGUCGCUACAUUGUCUACAAUUCAACAGAUCCAGAGUGCAUCCUCAUUGGAGACACUUCAAGCUCUAAUUGUACAGAACAGUACCAUGUUGCAGACUGCAGGGUGCUUCAGAUAUGUAAAAUCAGUGAAGGAAAAGCACAUCAUUGUGAAGGAGUACCUCAAAUGGUACAUAAUCGACAGGAACCACAGUGCAAUCGAAAGAUUCAAGGAUGGACUUACCAGCUUGCAGUUUUUAACAGCCCUGCAGCAGCAUCCUACUGUUCUGGCCCCUGUCCUCUGUAAUUCAGGUAACAGUUUAACUGUUACAGCCAUUGAAAAUCUGUUCCAACCAGAACUCAGCCCUAUAGGAAGCAACAGGAGGGCUCAGGAGGACAAAACCAGGAGUUUCUGGGCAGACUACUUGCUUGAUUGCGAAGAAAAUAACAGUACCGUCACCCUGGAAGAGAUCUUCAUGUUUGCCACAGGGCUGCCCUGUGUGCCUCCUGCUGGCAUGGACCCUCAGCCCCGCCUGCAAUUUCUUCCCACUUCAAAACUACCCAUGGCAAAUACAUGUGCCAACACCUUAAAGCUGCCUCUGUUAGACAGCUACAACACUUUUAAGGAAAACAUGAGCUUUGGAAUAAAGAAUUCACCUGGCUUUGGAUUUGCCUAAG